AUGGUUCGAAAGGGCACUAAGGGUUGGCGCAUGUGUGUAGACUACACUAACCUCAAUCGGGCCUGCCCGAAGGAUAGCUUCCCCCUACCUCGCAUCGACCAGCUAGUUGAUGCCACAGCUGGGCACGCCCUCCUCAGCUUCAUGGAUGCUUACUCUGGGUACAACCAGAUUUUCAUGCAUCCUGAGGACCAAGCCCACACCUCCUUCAUCACGGAUCGUGGCCUUUACUGCUACAAAGUCAUGCCCUUCGGCUUCAAGAAUACCGGGGCCACGUAUCAGCGUCUGGUAAACAGCAUCUUCGCUCCCCUAAUUGGCAACACCAUGGAGGUUUAUGUUGAUGACAUGCUCGUCAAGAGUCGCACUACUGACCAGCAAAUCCCCAACCUCUCAGCCAUGUUCACUAUUCUGAAGCAGUGUAAGAUGAGGCUCAACCCCACCAAGUGUGCAUUUGGGGUGGUUUCAGGCAAAUUUCUUGGCUUCAUGAUCAGCUAG